CGGCCAUGGUACUGUGUUUUAACAAACCGCUUUUCUGUGGCCAUCCCAAAGCAGUUGCUGGAGAUGAACCCAGGGCCUUCACAAUGAGCUACAUCCCCAGCACAUUUUUUAUUUUUACUUUGAAACACUAAGUUGAGUCAUCAGGCCCAGCUGAAAAUACACAUUUAUUAUUUUUAUGUAUCCUAAUAACCAGAAUCAUGUUGGUCUCCUGAAUACUUUUUUGCUACUAAGUAAAUAAAAUCAGCAUCACUGAAAAGAUACAAGUGACCAAAAACAAACAAUAAGAAGUGAUAAUUAAUUUGGGCUACCGGAGUAAAAUCACAGAUGUCUUCAAAUGAUGGAAGAUCCAGGAUUCUGGACGGGGGCUACAGUGAGGUCCCAAGGGACCUGCCGGAUCCCUAUGGCACCCUACAAACCCUCCAUAGUCUUCGCGACAGCGAGCUGGCCCUGAGCACCGAUCCCCUGCCACCACCUCCUCUCCCAUUACAGCCACCCUUCGGCCCAGCCCUCUUCUCAGGUGACAAAGAGCCAGUCGUGGCCCCGGAUCUCAAGCCGGUGCGGCGCUUCAUCCCCGACUCCUGGAAGAACUUCUUCCGAGGGAAGAGAGCGGCCCCGAGCUGGGCCCAGGCCGGGUCUGACGUGGGGUACCUGUCGGACGGCGGGUACAUCUCAGAAGGCGUGGAGUGCUCGCCCCCUUCCUCCCCGGCACCAACCCGCCACCGCUCGCCCCCUGAGUCCUUCGGGGACCCCCGAGGGGCCGGGGCCCCGAUGUCCGUCCACGACCCCUGGGCGUCGCUGGGCCGUGGCACUGGGACGGGGCUGACCUACAGCGAGAAGGUGGAGCAGUACCAGCUGCGCUACUCCUACAUGAAGUCCUGGGCCGGCCUGCUGCGCCUCCUCGGGGUGGUGCAGCUGCUGCUGGGCGCCGGCGUCUUCGCCUGCGUCACCGCCUACAUCCACAAGGACAGCGAGUGGUACAACAUGUUCGGCUACUCGCAGCCCUAUGCCAUGGGGGGGCUGGGGGGGCUGGGCAGCGCCUACGGGGGCUACUACUACGGCGGCCCCAAGACCCCCUUCGUUCUGGUGGUGGCCGGCCUGGCCUGGAUCGCCACCAUUAUCAUCCUGGUGCUCGGCAUGUCCAUGUACUACCGCACCAUCCUGCUGGACUCGGACUGGUGGCCCCUCACUGAGUUCGGCAUCAACGUGGUCCUGUUCAUCUUGUACAUGGCCUCGGCCAUCGUCUAUGUGAACGACACCAACCGAGGAGGUCUCUGCUCAUACCCGGUGUUUAACACGCCCAUGAAUGUGGGCUUCUGCCGUGUGGAAGGGGGCCAGAUCGCAGCCAUGAUCUUCCUGUUCGUCAACAUGAUCGUUUAUCUCAUCAGCGCGCUCGUCUGCCUGAAGCUCUGGCGGCACGAGGCCGCGCGCAGGCACCGCGAGUUUGUGGAGCAGCAGGAGAUCCAUGAAUCAUCAUUGCCUUCGAAAAGGAAAAUGUGUGAAAUGGUCACCAGUGACAGACAGAGAGACCUAGAAGUUAAUUUCAAAGAAUUGAGAACAACGAAAACAAAGCCAGAACUACUGAGUAGCCCUAUUCCCCCAGGCCACAUCCCGAAACCCAUUGUGAUGCCUGACUAUGUGGCAAAAUACCCUAUGAUUCAGACAGACGAUGAACGAGAGCGCUACAAAGCCGUGUUCCAGGACCAGUUUUCAGAGUACAAGGAGCUGUCUGCGGAAGUUCAGGCUGUCCUCAGGAAGCUGGACGAACUGGAUGCCGUGAUGAGUAGGUUGCCACACCACUCCGAAAACCGACAGGAACAUGAGAGAAUUUCCAGAAUCCAUGAAGAGUUUAAGAAGAAGAAGAAUGAUUCUUCAUUUCUGGAAAAAAAAGAACGCUGCGAUUACCUCAAGAGUAAACUUUCUCACAUAAAGCAACGAAUUCAAGACUAUGACAAAAUAAUGAAUUGGGAUGUACAAGGUUAUUCUUAAGCCUUACUUGGAACUUUUUUUUUUUUGUACCAAGGAUCAAACUUGGGACUGUAAGCUUGCAAGGCUGCAGCAGCACCACUGAGCUAAGUCCCCAGCCCACUUGAAACUACUUUUUUAUAGUCAACCUACUAUUUAUUUACUGCCUUUUUUAUGCCAGACUCUGGUAGAGAAUCAAAUUGUCUUGAAUCAGCUCCUAGUUGCUUAGCCAAUAGAUGGUGAUGAUCAGUGUGAUUUUGCACAAACGUUUCAAAGCAAACCAGACCUGCUGAGGGCUUUCACUGAGAAUGGGAAAAAUCCUGGAUUCAUCUGCGCACUUUCCUGUUUGUCUAUCUUGUUAAAAAUACAUUGUUGGCUUUGCAAGCACAAGGUCCUGAGUUUGAUCCCCAGUACCAAAAAAAAAAAAAAAAAAAUUUGUCUACUGGACGUGGUACCAUGGUGGGAAGCUGAGACAGGAGGAUCACUACAAGUCCAAGGCCAAUGAGGGCUACAUAGUGAGUUCAAGGCAGCCUGAAGUACAUAUUUUGACCCUGAAACCCCCCUAAAAACAAACCAAAGAAUGCAGUGUUGUUGUAGAGAUUAUAACCUCAGGGUGUGCUGAGCAAGGGGGCUACCAGUUCUGGUACUGCUUUUUCUUUCCUCAGGCAGGUUCCUGGAAUUUUUCUAGGUCAAAUAUCUUCCCAAAAGAAAUUCUUAAGGAAAAUCAUUCCUUUUCUCAAAUCCAGGAUCAACAAUUGUCAGGCUUUGUGAACUUGGGCAAGUUGCUGAACCUCUCUGUGCCUGUUUCUUGUAGGAAAUGCGAGGAAGGUCAUACCUGGUACUUCUGAGAUGGUUAUGAGGGUUGAAUGCACUUGUGUUUGCACAGCAUUGAGGACAGGGCCUGGUUGUGUCUGUGGAUCUCUGGAAAGGUCUGGGACGUGGAUAAACUCCCUAGGAAAGGCCCAAAAUGAGCAAGCCCAGCCUGCUAAGCACAAGGCCCUGUGUGUCACAGCGGUCUUUUUGUGUUGGCAACUCCACAUGUAGCCUUAGGCUAAUGCUUCGCCAUGGCUCUGUGGCUCUUUGGGCUCUACCAUAGCCUCUGUGUCUUUUUUUUUUUGGUACUGGGGAUUGAACUCUGGCCAUUGUGCUUGCGAGGCAGGCAG